GCUUUCUGUUAGAUAAAAAAAUUGGAGUGAAUCAACCAAAGCGAAUUGAAAAUGCCAAAAUUCUUAUUGCAAAUACUGGGAUGGAUACAGACAAGAUAAAGAUAUUUGGUUCCCGGGUAAGAGUGGAUUCUACAGCAAAGGUUGCAGAGAUAGAACAUGCAGAAAAGGAAAAAAUGAAGGAGAAAGUUGAACGUAUUCUUAAGCAUGGAAUAAAUUGUUUUAUUAACAGGCAGUUAAUUUAUAAUUAUCCUGAACAGCUCUUUGGUGCUGCUGGUGUCAUGGCAAUUGAGCAUGCAGAUUUUGCAGGUGUGGAACGCCUAGCUCUUGUCACAGGUAUGGAAAAAAAGAAGAAUUUCUUAAAAAUGUAGUUAUUGAGAUUUAUG